AUGUGGAGAUAAUUCGCGAUCGCUUCAGGAAUCCACGCGCCAAGUGACGCGCGGAAGAAUCACUCGCGAAAACAAUUAAGUGAGAAAAGUUCGCGUUUUCACGCGUAAAUCACAUGGUACUUUUGCUCUUCAAGAUGCAUUCGGAGAUAAUUCAUAUUGACACAAAGCGUGUUUAUUGAUCUUUAAGUGUGGACGACUCGAUCUAUUUCUAGUUCUAAUCAUAACUGAGAUUGCAAAUCACUAUUUUAUCUAAUAUUUGGAAAACAUCGAGAAUUAGCGGAUAUCAAGAAUAAGUGAACUCGAAAUAUAUCGAGAUUCGAACUACGAGAUUACGCAUCGAUAAAAAAUUGUUUAUUGAAUUAAAAUUAUAUCCUUUUCUUUCCAUCGGGAGAAUUUACGAUUUAUGUAUGUGCAACUUUUCCUUUCAAAUUUCGUCUCUUUCUUAAAAAUUUCAUCGUGGAGAGCUUAAUUCAUUCGCACGAAGUGAAUCAAAAAGCGAUCACGUCAGAAUGCGAGUCUUGUUGAUCGUCGGGCUAAUCAUCUGCGUUGUCGAUGGUAGCAUCAUACCAGAUGAAGCCUUAACUGCGAGACUGCAAGAUGUAUGGAACGAAGAUGAAUUUAUCGCCUUGUCCAAUAUCAAAGCCGAGAAGAAAUCUGAUGCGAGCAAUUCGAUCGAGACUCUAUGGGCCUAUUUGGGCGCACCUAUUAUGAAAACCUUUAUACUUUAUACAGAGAGCCUCGACGAAAGUAGCCAACGCAACGCCGUACACAUCAACGUAGAUUUCUUCGCUGUGAAUACGCCUCUGAAGAGCCUGAUUAUCCUGGUACACCAAACUGGUGGACCAACUUGAAUUAACUCUCGCGUGGAUGUGUACGUCAAUUGCAUCUAUGAGGAUUCCAUAUCUCUCAAGAAAACUUUCCGCGAUAUAGCCGAGAACCCGUCCAUAGAAGUGGUAAGAGUCUGAAACAUUUAUCGUUAGAUUAAUAUUCUUAAAUAAUAUAUUUAGAUGAUAUGUAUUUUUCUACAUUGUGUCAGUGUAUUUUAUUUGCGUUGGUUAAGGAAAUUGAAAGAGUACAAACGCGAAUAUAUCGCUUUGAAGUCGCUCCUCGAGCGUUGAAUCUAAAAUCUCUGCACCCACAUCUUUUUACUUUUCCGUUCUGCUCGAUACUAUUUUCCACUGUCGCUUUAUUUCCUCGCUUUUACGAUUUUACGACGAUUUUUUAUUUACGUGCUGUUCGUGACGUCCGCAAAUGUGGGACGACGUCUUUCGAAAUGGUUAGCGAGGAGCAACCUAAGCUAGUUGCUGCUUCUAUUACGCACAUCUGGCUGGUUUAUCCAACCCAAACACAACAAUUCCUGAUUACUUGGAUGAACUAAAUUCGUUUCAAUUAAUUACUCGUGCCCUAUUUCUGUUACUUGCGUUAUCGACUUUAAAAAUAUUAUAAUAUGUAUCAUGUAAAACUUUUAAUAAAUAUACUCACUUAUUUAACUGAAUAACUUAUUUG